AUGAUUGCCAAAGACGUCACCGCACCUACAGAGGCCAAGGAGAGGCAGCCUCUUUACCCUGACUAUCUACCACACUAUGAUCCUCUUGAGAAGAUCGUGCCUGUCGGCCGCUUUGAACAUGAGGAUCCCGGUCACCGUGCCGACCCCAACAAGCCCAACCUUCUCAAGAAUGCUACCAAGGUGUUUGAGUUGAGUCCUCAUUGUGGUACAGAGAUCCAGGGUGUUCAGAUUUCUGAACUUACUACCGAAGGACUCGAUGAAAUGGCCUUGAUGUGCGCUGAGCGCGGCUGCUUGGUUUUCCGUGACCAAGACUUUGGAAAUAUUGGCUUCGCGAAGCAAAAGGAGAUUGCUCGUCACUUUGGACCUCUUCACAAGCACGGAUGGAUGCCUCACCCCAAGGCCGCGGUUCACUCUUCAGAGACCGAGGAGUUUGUCAUUGUAUAUGACUCAAAGGAGGACCUCCGUAUACGUAAAGGUUGGGCCAGAAAGAGCCCUAUCCAGUUCCACGUCGACCAGUCCCCAGAGGUUCAGCCCCCUGGCAUGACUUUCUUCUGUAUGCUCGAGUCACCUCCCGGUGCCGGUGGAGAUACCCUUAUUUCUAGCAUGACACGCGCAUUCGAACGACUCUCCCCAUCCUUCCGUAAACGCCUCGAAGGUCUCCAAGCCCUUCAUACUACUGCUGGCCCCGUUUCCCGCGAACUCCGCGACAACGGCAACGGCGCCGUCCUCCGCCGUCCCAUCAACAGCGCCAUCCAUCCGGUCGUCACAGUCCACCCCGUAACCGGCAAGAAAGCACUUUUUGUCAACUCCUCAUACACCGAACGCAUCAUCGGGUGGGACGACGAAGAGUCUGAAUAUCUUCUGAGGUUCCUGUUCGAUCACGUCAACCGCGGUCAAGAUUUUUGCUGUCGUGUGCGCUACGAACCUGGUACUGUGGUUGUGUGGGAUCAGCGGAUUACGCAGCACUCCCAGACGCUGGAUUAUCAGCCUGGGAAUAGACGACAUGCGUUUAGAUUGACUCCUUUGGCUAAUGUGCCUAUUCCUUCUAAAAUUGAGGAGGAUGAUGGUCAGUGUGCUCAGGAAGAGGAAAGAGUUAUUUUGAAUCUGUGUUAG